AUGAAUGGCAUGUAUUCCAUGUACAAUUAUACUGGCACGCCCGGUACCGGUGGGGCGACCAGCUUCUUUGACCGUCGAGGACUUUUUGGUGACACAAAUGCAAGCUCCGGUUCACUCGGUUCGAGGACUUCUUCCGUUGCCGGUGAAACCGAUCACGACUUACUUUCGUUCCUCGCAAUGGUCCAAGUAAACGAAGUUGAUAUUUUGCCUACGACUUGGCAGCCAGACCUGGGCAGAGUUGGUGCAGGAGGUACAGCUAAUAUACAGCAAUCUCUCUUCGAUAAAAAGCUGAGCUAUGUCUUCAAGCGAAUCUAUCGAGGAGUUGAUGAACAGUAUGCUUAUAAAGCCUUGGUCUCCGAGAUUUCGAUCCUGGGGCACGAUGACAUCCGCGGCCAUCCUAAUAUCGUCAAGUUGGCGGGCAUCUCUUGGGACGUUAUAUCAUCCCUGGAACCUAUCUGGCCAAGCCUGGUUUUCCAGAAGUCAGAUCAUGGGGAUCUGAAACAGUUUAUGAAAACUGAAGCGGGAGCAUCCAUCGAUUUCAAGGCGAGAAUGAAGCUUUUUGACGACAUUGCAGUUGGUAUCACUGCCUUGCACGAAAUAGACGUCGUGCAUGGUGACAUCAAGCCGAUGAAUGUUUUGAUCUUCGAACGGGAAUCGGAAGAGAACGAUUCUAGUGCUGUUAAAUAUAUUGCAAAAAUAGGAGAUUUUGGAUAUUCGAGCUUGCACGAAAAGCAGGUCAAUGAAGAAACAAAAGAUGGCAUCCGAGUUCCUAUUUCAAGGCCAUGGAACGCCCCUGAAGUGACAGAAUUUUCAUCGACAUUUCCCCUUCAGGAAGCAAAGCUUACAGACGUAUACUCCCUUAGCCUGGUGGGCCUAUGGCUCCUAUUUAACGAUCGACUCCUUGAACUCGGAGUUGAUGUGGGGAGACCGGUUGCUGAUCCGGAGUGGAAGCGCGAUGAACGAUUACAAGAAAUUACCUCGACAGUGGUAGACAAGCAGGAUGGGCUCGAGCCACAUGAAGUCAACAAUAUCAAGGAAUUUUUUAAGUUGACAUUGGCAGAAAACCCAGCCACGAGGUCUGUUGACUGGAAAGAACUCGUAAAAAAAUUCACAACUCUGGCUCCCGCACAAUUCGAAAACGGUGGAUACAGCGACUACGACCGAUGGGUCAUUUAUCAGCAGCAUGCUUCAUUGAUUGUACCGGAUGUGAAUCAUAAAAACUUUGAUCCUAAUGCGGUCCGUGAGGCCUACCAGGGCCACCGGGCUGCUUUCCAAAAUCCUUACAACUAUUGGAACCCAUAUCACCCCGUGAACAUUUAUACCAGCCCUCUUUCAAGGGGGUAUUAUACGAACCCGGACUUGUAUCCUGACAUAACUAAGACUAAAGGGUCUCAUUUCUUGAUCUACAGAAGUUUCAGACAGCUAGUCUAUGGAGACUACCGUAUCUGGAAACACAUAUUCGAGACUCUGAAGAGAAGGACUUCCGACGAGCGUGUUCAACAGGCAGACCACUCCAAGGCCGCAUAUCAACUUGCAUUUUGCUACGAAAUGGGCUUUGGCACUGCCCCUGAUGCAGAGCAGGUCACGUCCUACCUCACAAAAUCUGGAAAGUCAAGGGGAAGUCUGAACCACGAGAUCGGACUCAUCCGCGAGGAUAAACAAGCCGACAUGUUUAUGUUCAAGAAAUUGGAUGGCAAGAUUGAAUUCAUCCAACACGUUGAUCAUUACCUGGCAACUGAGAAGCUAGAGGACGUGCAAGCGGCCUAUAGCCCCAUAGCCCAUGCUGCUAAUGCGCAUUUCGGCGAGGAUCAUCCUAUAUCAAUUCAGCUAAAUAAAAUUCUCGCCUCGAGUUUCCGCGCCGCCGGUGAUCUCGACAAAGCCGAGGAGUUAUAUAAUCGUCUUGCUUCAGUAUGCGAAGAGUUCUACGGUCCGCGCGCCCCAAAUAGACUGGAUAUAUUGGAAUGUCUCGCAGACUGUAGUAGGAAGCGGGGAGAUAUUGCGAAGGCAGAGUCGGGGCAAGAACAAGUGGCUGCUGCUUAUCUGGGCCAUCGGGUAGCUGCUGAACACAAGGCCGAUGCGCUCGACAAGCUUGCAACGAUCCAAAUGGAAAAGGGCAGCUGGGCUGAAGCUGCAGAGCUGCAGUUCGAUGUGGUUAAAUUGAAAGAAGAAAGAUUUGGGGAAGCACAUAAAGAGACAGUUGCAGCUCUUUUGAAAUUAAUGAGCUGUUUGAAAAGCCAGAGGCUUCUCCGACCAGCUGAAAUAGUUGCACUUGAUGCUUUAACAGGAUCAGAGGAACGUGCGCUUAGAGAGCAAGAGAAAGAUAUUAUUGAGGCGCAUGCCUGUCUGUCUUCUGUUUACGAGAAUAUAAAAACCGGACACAGACGACUGAAGCCCUUCAAGGUCUCAAUUAUGGAUGCAUAUGGGUUGGGCUAUCCCUGGCUCUUGGCCGUAAAGGGUUCUCAAGAAAAUUCUGGUACUUAG